AUGUUGAUCAAGGUGCGAACGCUCACCGGCAAGGAGAUCGAGUUGGACAUCGAGAACGAGGUUGACGACAAGUCCGCAUCCGAGUAUGGCCUCGAGGCUGGCGCCACGUUGCAUUUGGUCCUUGCUCUUCGCGGUGGGAACUAG